GAGAGUAAGAGAGUUUGAGAGAGAAGUAAAGAAGUGAGAAAUGUUGGUCGGGAAGGAAAAAACCGUAUUUAUAUAUUAGGGGUAAAAUUGGAAUUUCAAGAAAAAAAGGGAGCGUUACCCGGUAAAAUGGGAAAUAACAACACCCUUGUUAAUUCCGGAGGAGAGAGAAAUUUAGCGACGGUAUCAAUGAGGAGCAACAUUACUAUAGGAUUUCUUUGGGUUUUACCUUUUAUUUUGUUGAUAAUUUCAGCAAAUUUCGGAUUUUCUGCUGCUCAACCUGUGCAUCACCAAGAUCAGGGGUUGAACGAAAAUGCUGAAUCUAGAGAUUUGAAAAAAGAACAUGAACACAUCCAUGAGGUACACUGCUCUAGGGAAAGAAGUAGGGUGGCAUGGGAAAUUGUCGAGAAGUAUUUGAUGCAUUUUGUGGAGCGGGAAAGGUACGAAAUUCCGAGGAGUUGUAGACUCCAUCCAGACAAUGAUCUCUUUAGAGAUCAGGAGCAGCAUAAGUAUAAAAUGGAUGUGAAUGAAUGGCAAUGUGGCUAUUGUAAGAAAAGCUUCUUGUCGGAAGAAUUUCUUGACCGGCAUUUUGACAGCAGACAUUACAAUCUUCUCAAUUUUACUGGAAGCAAGUGCUUGGCAGAUUUAUGUGGUGCAUUGCAUUGUGAUCAUGUUCUGAAUACAAAAUCACUUAAAGCAAAGUGCAAUCAUGCAGCAGCUGCAAGGAAUCGCCACUUGUGUGAGAGUCUAGCUGAUUCCUGCUUUCCUGUUACUCAUGGACCAUCUGCAAGCCGUCUUCAUGAGCUAUUUUUGCAACAAUUCUGCUAUGCUCACACGUGCUCAGGAGAAAAAAAACCAUUCUCGAGAGGAGGAAGGAAGGAAACAAGUCUACUGUACUUUGCCGCCUCAAUCUUGAUUAUAAUGUUACUUCCUCUUUUCUACGUUUUGGUGUGUUUGCACCAGAGUGAAAUUCGGAAGGAUACCCAGGAGCUUAAGCGAAUUUCAAGACUUGGUCGCAAAGCAAAACCUACAUGAUCAGUAAAAAAAUGAUAAUGGCGACAGCAAUUUUGUUUCUUAUACAACACACUGGUCUAUGAUUAUGGAUUUUGAAGCUGGUACAUCACCAUAAUUGUUGCUUCUCUUCCUUGAGAAACUGAAUUUGUUACAUGGUGGCUAAUUGAUUAAAAGAGAUUGAUGGUCGCCUAAGAAUUGCUGGAGGUGCACAGAUAGCUCACUUUUUGAGGGACUCAUUCAAGCAGAUCAGCUUAUUGCUCGGCAUCAUCUACAAUCUUAUCAUCCAGCAAUUCCCUUCAAAUAUGUUGCUUCAAAUGUAUCAUGGAACAUAAAAUACUUAAUACUCUGUAGCAUUUAUUUUUUGUCUUUGGUUGCUUCUGAAUCAAUUCAAGGCAGCAGUGAGCCAGUGACCAUUCUGUUGUAUUUUAUUCUUGGAUUAAACUGUAAAUUGUCCAUUUAUCUCUACUAUAUGGUGCAGAAGUAAAUUCAAGCAAAUAACAUUAAGAUUUGUAUCA